AUGGCGAGAAGCUCAAGAUCCAGCGCAAAGAAGUUCAACAACCAGCGCAAAGCGGCUGAAAUCUUUGGCCCCGUCGAGUCUGCGCGCGCCGAGCGACUAUCCCAGCGUCUGCUCGACUUGGCCAAGCAGCCAAAGCCAGAGACAUCUGAUGUUGACAUGAACGUGGAGGAAGCGGCGGAGGACAAGACCUCAGCAGACAAGGCUCAGGAUAUUAAUGAGAAUGCAAUGGAGGUAGAGGCAUCGUCAAAGCCAUCAUCAUCGCGCGUGAGCAAGCGUGGCGGCAUCGUAAAGAAGAGGCAAAAGAAGUCCAAGAUUGUCUUCCCCAAGUACACCGAUCGUGUUGGGAACAAGAAGAAGGCAAGCAAAUAA